UCAGAAAUGUAGUGCAUUAUUUAAAAUUUAUCUUUACUCCGAUAGUGUUAUAUAAUAUAACGUUGUUAUAAAAAUUGUAGAGAACUAAUAGGUACAUUUUAUUAAGAAAAAGACUUUACAUAAUAAACAGUAUGUAAUUUUGUUUUGCAUAAAAGUAUAUAUUUCUUUUCUUAAAGGAUAAUGAAAACUGAAGAUCAUAAGGGGUGACACAAUGGAUAUAUCUAGCCCGGUAACAAGACUUGACGGGACUCCAAUCAGUAUGGAAGAUCUCGAUCAAGCAUUCGAUAUAUGGGUCCAUACAGAACGUAGGAUCACAAUAACACAUUGUGCUCCUGACAGUUUGAUGGCUGAACAAAUGAAACGGACAGAUCAGGUUUAUCCUAUCACACGGUACGUUCGAGGUCGAGUACUUCUGUUGUCCAAUGCAAGCUACCAAGCGUUACGUCUGCUGAAAGACCUGUUUACGCAAAUGAACUACAUGGUGAAAAUUGAAACGGGAAAAUCAGCCAAGGACAUUCGUAAUAUCAUCGAAACUGAAGCAGACAAUGAGGACAACAGAUACGUUGAUUCUUUUGUGGUGAUAAUAUACGGUACACCGGAUAACUUCGAUUUUGACUACAUACCGACAACUUUGAAUGAUGAAAAUGCCCCUCUACUGAAAGGAAAGCCAAAACUCAUUUAUGUCGUUGGUGACGAUAGCAUAGUAAGACAGAUAGAAAAUGUUGGACAGAAGAACACGGACCCGGACUUUUUGUCGGUUUCAACAGGGUUUAAUGGAAUAAUGUUCUACAUGUAUAUCCUUUGCGAAUUUGCACACGAACUGUCGGCACAAAAUAUCUGGAGACUGAUGUUACAGAAUGCACAUUUUCACAGAUUCGCAGCAUCAACGCAUUACACUAUGAAGAAAGAAUUUUACUUUUUCCCUGGACUUACUUCUUCAGUUUUUCCGGACGAAAUUGAGAAAAUGGAUCCAGAUGAUAUGAAGUUGUACAAGAGAAUGUUGGAGCAUGGACAGGUCAAGACGUAUAAUAUCCGACUGAUGUUUGUUGGCCUUUAUGGCGCUGGAAAAACGAGCACUGCACGACGAAUAAUGGGAAAGGAAAUUAAUGACGUCACUAGUACUGAUGGUAUAGAUGUACAUACUGGAAGGUGUAAAAUAGAUAUCAGAAACAAAAAAUGGAAAACUGUCGAUGAUCCUCACGAAAACUUGUCGUAUAGAAAACUAAAGGCUUUGCAUCUUGCCGACGAAGCAUCACAAAGUCAAGUACCAGACAUUAAAAACCUUGAAAACGACCCAGAAGAAAUCUCUCGCUCUAGAGAAGAGAGUUUAGAUAAUGUUAAUGUAAUGGAAACGGAAGAGGAAAGGGGCACUAAAUCAAUUCCAAGGACUAGAAGAAUUAGCAGUAAACGUUCAUUUGAAGACGAUGACGAUGAUGAUACGUGUAGUCUGGCCUCAUCUAGUGGGUCAAAUGCAUCCGUAGCUAGUGCCUUCCGACGAAUGAAUGUACGUUCGCUUUCCAGUUCUUUUUCAUCAACAUCCUCCGAUGAUUAUUUCGAAAUGAUUAAUGAUGACACUGACAGCAUGAAAAGGGCAAGACAAGUUCUUGGAACGAAUGCAAUGUUUGAAGAAGGCAUACAGUAUCCUGAAGCUUCUGUUUCACUUUGGGACUUCGCUGGUCAAUUUGUGUAUUAUGCAACACAUCAAUUGUUCUUUAGUCCACGGUCAAUAUAUCUGCUCGUGCUCAAUAUGGAAGAUGACUUAGAAAAGACACUGAAAGACUGGUAUAUGGAUAUAAGAGGAAAUGAAUCAAUAGAGGCCAAAGGUGGGAUCAACUUUUGGCUGAGAUCUAUUUUCACAUAUGCAAGCGGAUCGUCCUCGGGAGUACCACCAAUAAUACUGGUUGGCACACACACUGAUAAGCUAACAGGGGGGGAUGCAGAAAAGCAAAAGAAGGCAAGAACAUAUUUCAAAAAGAUCAGAAGCAUUUUUCAGGGCUCGCCGCAUUUAAACAACAUUCGACACGAAUAUUUUCUCUUAGACAACACAACACAAGAUGCAGAAAUAGACAGAUUGAAGGAUACCAUACUUUCAAUAUCCGAAACAAUGCCGUACUGGGGAGAAACCACUCCAGCAAAAUGGCUUGAACUUGACCAAGCCCUUGAUGAGAAGCGUUUAGAAGGAGUUCCAUUCAUAUCAAAGAAACAGCUUGAACGAAUAGACAAUACACUUGCAAGUCCAAUUGAAUUUGAAAAUCAGCUCCAGCUUUUCCUUAAAGCUCAUCAUGAAACAGGGUCAUUAAUUUACUUCGGUGACUCGGACAAACUCCAAGACAUUAUUAUUCUACAGCCUCAGUGGAUUAUAAAUGCAUUUAGAAGUCUUAUAGGAGCUACCGAUUUCGGUAAGAAGUAUGGAAAGUUGCAAAUCAAAUGGGAAGAGUUCAAUGAGACUGGGAGAUUAACGUCUGAAUUCGCUAGGCAGAUUUGGGCGCAGGACCAUGAAAACAAUUUCUUGGAAAAUUCAGAUAUUCUUCUUAAUUUUCUAGAGAAGUUAGAUAUCAUCGCAAGGGCAUCUGUACUGACGGAGGAUGGCGAAGCAGCAAAGAAACUGGACUUCUACUAUGUUCCAUGCAUGCUGAAAGAGAUUCCACCGAAAACUCUGCUUCAAAAGCAAAAAGGAAAGGAAUCCUUUAGUACACCAGUUCUGUGUUUAUGCUUUUGCAAUGACUUUAUGCCCCCGGCAAUCUUUUACAGAGUCGUCGCGCUGUGCAUUGGAAAAUGGCCUGUUGCCAAAAAUGGAAAAAAGAUUUUGAUGUUUUGUGGCUGUGCCGUGUUUGAGGUCAACUUUGGGAAGGGGGAGGAUCUUCACAGACUUUACCUAUUUUCUAGAAAAUCUAAAAUCGGCAUGCGAAUUACAAGAUACAGUUCGAAGAAAACAGGAAUGGUUGAUCCGAACAUAUGUGACCGAGUUCGCCGCUUCAUUACAUCGGCAGUGAAAAAAGAAUUUAAGCGUUUUCAUGUAGAACAAUCUGAAAUGGAAGAAAGGCAUUUUAGCUAUCAAUUACAGUGCAAAGAUACUGAAGAGGAUGAUAUUCUCGACGAGGGGCUUCACAAUGAAGAUGAUCUUUUGAAAGCUAUUGGUACAGAUUUCUUUUGUGCUGAACACUCUGACAGAACUGAUCCACAUUCACUUAAGCCGGUUGAAAUUCUUCACGAAUGGUUUUAUGAAAAGAUACCACAAAACAUUCCCUUGGAAGGCCAGAGUGUUUUUGACACAUGGAUUAAAAGGUUACCAGACGAUCUAAAGAAUAAGGAAGUCACAGAGAAAACACUGUCGAAAUUAACAAGUGCGAUUGGGAAAGACUGGAAACAUCUCAUGGCCGUAAUGGGAGUUAAGGAGGUCCGUGUCGAUCAGAUAGAAAUGGACUAUCCCGACAACGAGAGAUAUCAAAAGUUUCAUGGUCUUUACAAAUGGAAGUCACAAUGUAAGACAAAAGAUACAGUAGCUUCAAACGGACUGUUACUGGAUGCUCUGAGAAAAGCAACAACAAAAGGCAUGGACAUUGACUUUGAAGAGGUGCAAAAUGUCUUUGACGAACUACAAAAUUAAGGGUUAUUGAAAAGUACAGAUCAUAAGACAAUUAUGUUAGAGCUGAAAAAAUUCACAGCUGUAGUUAUUAUCAUAUUAUAUGUCAGUAUAAUACGAACAGUUUCUUAAAUAGUACAAUGAAUAGUGUAAAUAAUGUGACAUAUGAAGGUGCUGUUAUUGGGCCCAAAAAUGUAUAUGAGAAAAUCUACCUAAAUGACAGCUAUAUCAACCUUUCAAAGUAAUCUAAACAUCGUUUCAAAUAAUUCUGUCAAAUCUAAAUUAAUUACAUCAACAGAAAUCUGGAAUAAAUGAAGUUAAAUGUCAUGUAUA